GUAAUAUCUGAUCUAAAUCCUCCCUGAUUUAACUCUGCCUUGCCUCGAAAGCAUCGCAGGUGGUGGGGGGAGGAAUUAAAUUAGAAUUGGGCUCGUAACCUGCAUAACGUUGUGCUCGGCGCCUCUAGAGCCUGACGGCGAGAUUGACGAAUACUAGUACAUAGACAUCCCAUCUACUUUCGAAAGGCGCCCUGUUGCCCUUUUCUCUAAUUUCCUACCAUCGUUGGUAAAAAACUAACCGGCGAAGUCACGGAACGUAUGAAUCAACCGAUCAAGCACCUUGACGCCCAUAGAAGGGAAUAAAACUGGAAUCCUAGUGCAAAGGAAUAAGGGAGAGCAGGGAGCAUAGCGGAGAACCCAUGGAACCAAAGCUUCGAAGAGGUUACCGAUUUAUUAUAACGAAGAUAUAGCAAGUUGGAGUGCGUGAAACGGUGUUGGGAGUUGGCCAGGCAAUCUAAGCGACUAAAAUAGAAGCCGCAAUUAGGAUAUUCCGCAGAACUUACGAUCAGCAUAUGGCCGUCGAUUUCACGCUCCCACAUGCUCUGUCUCCUCAAUAUUCCCAGCACCAGGCGCCUCGAGAUAAGGUGACGGCAAUGCCAGGCGUGGCUCUUACCAACGGAUACACGGGCAUAGAAAUUGGGGCCGAUACGCGUGUGCAUGAAAACAAAAAUGGGGCUACGGUCAGCGAAGUCGAGGUGGAAUUAAACAACAAUAAUGGGAUGUCGUCCGCAGAUCCUCCCUGUAACAAGAAUGCACGAAAACAUGUCCUACUUUCGACAAACGCUUCGUUUGCAACAGUUGCCAUUCCUUUCCUUCUGAAAAUGGCGGACGUGGAACUUCGCGUGAUAUCAGAUGACGCCUUGGACUUUGCACAGGGUGCAUGCUAUCCAGAUACACCAAUUUCCGCUCAACCAGGUUCCAAAUUGAGUACACGUCCUUGGAUGAAUGUAACAGCAGCUGAGCUGAUCGAUUGGGCUGAUGUGCUAGUUCUCGGUUCUCUCGGUGCGGGAACACUCGGAGCAAUGAUAGCUGGCCUCACCACAAGCCUCACAUUAACUAUUCUACGUGGUUGGGAUAUUUCUAAGAGGAUGUUCCUGGUACCGGGAAUGACUAUAUCAGAGUGGCAAUUCCCGAUGACCAAACGACAGCUCAGCAGUUUGGCUACGUUUUGGCCAUUGAUAAAGGUUUUACCGCCAACUUUAUCGAAAUUUGAACAUCCCGCUGGACUCGUGGAGAUUCCUUGGGAUGGCUGGACAGUAUUUAGCAGCGAAGUUCGAAAUGCAUGCUCAUCUCUUCCUAGCCCCAUGCAGGAGGAUAAUAAGUUGGCCAACAAUGUUUGUAGCGGGACAAGAUCAACACCCCUAGUCAUAUCAAGUAACCUACAUGAAAGACAACAAGAAACGAAUGAAGAACCGAAUCAGCCUGGGACUAAAAGCCAGUCCACCAAUGCCAUCUGCAAAGAGAGACCCAUCCUUCCGCCGGAGUUAUUGACGAUGAUUUUCGAGAUGCUUGGCGACUGGGAAACAGCGACGUCAGUUGGAGUGUAUGCCAAAAUUCCUGUUCCCGAACAAUGGAAACCUUACAUCCCUACUGCCAGGUCACCAGCUACAUUCGAGUACAUUGUUCUUCGUGGUUCGAUAAAAGAGAUUGAAGAACAACUAUCCACAAUUCCACCCCGCAAGCCCCUGUCUAGAAUUGCCACCGACCUAAUCCUUAAGUUUUCUCGAACAGAUAUCCUCGAUACUCUCUGCAGAUUGCGAAUGGAUCUCUAUUUAUCAACUCCUGACCUCAAAAAUCUACCUUUAUCGGCAUCUUCAAAAUUUGGCAGCACAUCUCUCCUUACCUGGUGGCAUAAAUCCUCCAUCCUCCCUACACUGCCGAUAAAGGACUACCUGCCCGAAGCGAUUGAUGCAGCCUCACGUGCGGGUUUUGUGGAUGUGCUCGAAUGGUGGCGCCAAUCCGGCCUCCCCUUCCGCUACACUGAAAGGUCUCUUGAGUCCGCUUCCGCGGAAGGUCAGAUCGCGGUCCUCGAUUGGUGGAAAACCGUUUCCAAGAAUGCACCUCUAGGCAACCCCGUUCCAUUAAAAGUAGGCAAAUCCGUGCUCCUGGCUGCACAAUCUGGACGCACCGACUCACUUGCCUGGUGGGACAAAUCUGACAUCCCGUUUAGCCAUUCCGAGUCUGUUACCCGGAUCGCCAGUAACCAUGGCCACGUUCCUGUUCUGGACUUUUGGCACCGGCGGAAGCGCGAGAAGCUCAUCUUUGAUAAUCAAGUUCUCGUUGGCGCGACGAAGAAUGGUCAUGUCGAAGUGCUUGAGUGGUGGAAACGGAGUGGUUUACCCGUCGAGUUCAAAACGUGCGAUAUUGAAGAGGCACUGGAAGAUGCAGUUUCUGGAGUAGAGCAGCGCGUGCGGCGGUGGUGGGCGCAGAAUGGGUUGAAUUUAGGGGUUGGGACGAACGAAUGGAUGAUGGUUAAGACUUUGAAUACCUGA